AUGAAUUUUAAAAACUUGACAGAGAUAGGCUCUAAAUCCCUUUCUGAUAAAGCAAAUCUAUAGAAAAAUAUAAUAAAAUUCGACAAUUACCUUAUAAACAUAAAAUUUAUAGAUUAAAUUAGGCUUCUCUUUAAACAGUUGCAAAUUGGAAUUAUUUGAAUACCAGAAAAAUUGCUGAUAAAUAAUUUCUAUAUAAAAUGUUCAAACAAAAAAUUAGCCUCAUAUAAGCGAGCAAAAAAUCUUUUGAUUUCAUAGAAGGAGAUUAAGAGAAAAGAAGAUUUACCCUCUGUCAAGAAAGAUCAGAUACAAGGCAAAACCGAAAUUUAUAAGAAUCAUCCAUCAAUUACUCUUCAUUAUAAAUAUUUAACAAUUUUGAAAAAAAUUAAAAAUACCUCAAUUUACCUAAAAUUAUUUAUUUUGCGUAAUAAAGGAAAGUUAGGAUUGCAAAACGGCCUUCUCGUGCUUAUAUUUAUGCCCAAUCUAAAGAAAUCUUUUUUAAAUCAGUCAUUCCAGAGCUAAAUUCUUUUCCAGCAUUUAAGCUAAGUAAAGUUCACCAUAUUCCUGAUGACGUAUCUAAUGUCUCAUAUACAGACAACGAUGGUGACAUUGAAGAAUCCAUCUUUAAUAUUCCUUCACAAACACAAUUUCGUGUUGAAUUUAUUCAAAGGGAUAAUCUCGAAGAAAUUGGCUUAAAAUUCAUAGAAGACCAAUCCUGAAGGCAAUUCAAAAAAUCCAAGCAAUUAUUCUCAGAUCACGAAAUUCUUAUCUAUGUGAAUUCAAGGCAAUCCAUGAAAAGUCGCCAAGCAAUACUUGGAUUUUGUAAAAAUCCUACAGGAAAAAUUGAAGUUUGCUUUGUAUUUUCUACCAAAGAAUUUCAUAUAAAAUCAGUAGGGAAUUCACCAUCUCAAACUCAUAAAUUUUUAUCAUUGAAAAGAUCAAAAUCGACACUUCCAUGAGAGAUAUCUGGAGUUUUAGAAAAAUUCAAAUUAUCUAUAAAUUCUAGACUUGAGACUUAUUUUUCUGGGUGGCUUUUGAUGUAUUACUUUGAUAAAUUUCAUAAUGAUCAAAAAUCUGACUGCCUAUGGGCUUCAAUUGAUAAUCAACCAAGUGAAAAUGUAUUCAACAAGGGAUGAUUAGAAAAAGUUAAAGCCAGCGAAGAAAAAAUAAAUAUUGAGGACAGACCUUUACAACCUGCAAAUGAAGCCACUUGUAGGGAAUGUGCAAUAAUAGCAGCUGCUAUUGACAAUAACGAAGCCAUAUGGUCAAGCAUAGGUAGCAGCCCUAAACCCCCACCCCCCCCACUCCCACCCCACCCCACCCCCCACCCCCACCCCCACCCCCACCCCCACCCCCACCCCCACCCCCACCCCCACCCCCCCCCACCCCCACACCCCACCCCCCUAAAAAUGGCACCCCCACCCACCCUUCACAGAUGGCUCCCCCACCCCCCUCCCUCAAAAAGAAUAUUUUAAAUAUAAUCCAAUUAAAGCGCUAUAUUGAUAAAUGAAGUCUAUAAAUUGCUUUAAUAAUUAAGAUUAAUUAAUAAAUUCAAAUUAAUUAAAAAUUAAUUAGGAAAUAUAUUAAAUUUGUUUUUUUAUAUUUAUAAAUACAAUGCCAAAAUUAUUGAUAAUGUCAGAAAUUAUUAAAUGAACCAAGCAUAAUACAAUAACUACAGAGUGCAGCGAAGAUGAAUACAGUGUAGGUAACUUCAAGAUGGAUGUGAUAUGAGCUAAUGCAGGAUAUGCAGAAGAUGGAUAAUUAGCUUAAAUAGUAGGUUUAAAAGUAAUCAAUUCAUAAAAUAAAAUUUUUGCGAAUUCAAGUAUUAAUUAUAUUCAUAUUUUCUUACAUGCCAUGCCUAUAUCACAUCUUGAGUUGCCAUUAUUCUUUUUGAUUGUUUUUUAUAGCAUUCCAAAACUUCUUCUCUUCUUCCUAACUAUCUAGCUCCCCCCAUUUUAAUUGGAACAAUAAAUUUUGUUCCAAUUUAAAGGGGGGUUAAUUUUUUUUUUUAAAAAAAAAUAUCAAUAUAAAAUUUUUUUUAUAAAAAAAAAAAUUUAUAUAAAAAUUCAAAAACUUAUCGAAUUAGAUUAAUAAAUUUGUUUAAUAAAAUGCGAUUUACUCUUUAUCUUUUAAAAAAAAAGCAAGAUAUAACUAAAUUUUCAUUAUUAGUUAAUACGCCACUAUUAAUUGGUAUCAAAAUUAUUUACACAAAAAUUAUUAUUUUUAUUGAUAAAAAAAAUUUAAAAACAAAAAAUUUUAGAAAAUUUAUCGAUCAAAGUGCUAAUUUUGUUUAAAUAAGAUGCUAUUUAUACUCUAUUCUUUAAAAUAAAGCAAGAAAUUAGUAAAUUUUAAAAAUUUUAUAAUGAAUUCCUAUUGAAUUUAUAUCAAAACUAUUUAAAUAAAAAAUAUCAUUUUUAUCAAAAAAGAAUAAAAAUUUUUUUGAAAAAAUUUUUAAAAAAAACAAUUUUUUCUUAAAAUUUAGCAAUUAAGGAUAAUAAAUUUAUUUAAAUAAGAUGAUCUUUAUACUCUCUUCUUUAAACAAGAACAAGAUAUAACUAAAUUUUUGAUUUUAGUUAAGAAACAUUUAACUUAUAUCAAAACAUUUUACAUAAAAAUUAUAUAUAAUUUUUUAUUAUAAAAUUAAAUUUUGUUCCAAUUUAAAGGGGGUUAAUUUAGCAAAAAAGUGGAAAUUUUACCUAUAUUUUGUUCCAAUUUAAAGAGGGGGGGAGUAAUAGCAUUUCCUUUAUUAUAAUAAUAAUCUCCACAGUUUGGAUUUUUUAAUUGCAUCGUUGCAAUGUUUUAGUGUUUUUUCAUAACUCUUUCCAUUAUAGAAGAUGACUCCUAUGUUAUUGUAUGCAUCAGCAUAAUUUUGGAUCAACUCUGAUAGCUUAUUUAUAGCAUUCCAUAUCUUAUUCUCUACUGCCUAACUUAUAUAGAGCAUCUCUUUCAUUUGAAAAGCAAUGUGCUAAUAAAAAAUAGUAUUUGCUAUUGUCAGUUUUACUUUUAGAUCUCUAAAUGGACUCUUUAGCCAUUGUUCCACAAAGUUCAUAAAUAUAUACAGGAUAUACUGUUAAUUAAUACCAAAGAUCAUUAUGCUUGUCAGCAAAUUUCUUCAGAUGUGGGGUGCUUAGUAGUUAUAGGAAAUUUUCACCCCAUUCCGCCUACUCCUUAAUCGAUUGCGCUACGCUAUAUGAUAUUGUAUAAAUCAGUAAUUUUUAAUAUCUAAAAAAUAAUAAUUUAUUUAUUACGCCUGCUCUAAAUUAGCAUUUGUGAUAUAUCUAUACUAUGUUAAGGGGGGUGUGCCAUCUGUGAAAGGGGGGUGGGGGGGCCACUAAAAGGGGGGGGUGGGGGUACCAUAAAAAAAGGAAGGUGGGGGGGUGGGGGUGUAGGGUUGCUACCUGUGCUUGACCAGCCAUACCAAAUCCACUUCUUCAAGAAAACGACCACAGCUGGAUCCCUGCACUUACUACUAGCAAGCUAGAAUUAGUUAUCUAUAACAAAAAAGCCUCAAUAAAAGAAAAGUCAAAAGAUAAUAAAUUUAUAGUAAAACUUGGCAAAUUCUUCAGAGACGAUUUACCACUCGCACAUUGCUGCUAUGUUGCUGUUAAGAAUGGCAUUGCAUAUAUUUAUAAUUCUUGAAUGAAAGACAGAGUUUGCUGGGGAGAAAAAUUUGGAUUACAUGAAGAAGUGACGCUAAAAGACUCAGCAAAUCAACAGUCAACCUGGAGAAUUACAGAUAUGUGGCGAAUUGAAAGUCCAUCAGAUGAAACCAAUAUUAAGCAGGCAAAAUAA